GAACAUGGAACUCCGCAAAUAAUAAGGGCUCGCUUAUUCUUCCUGGAAGAUCUCACUUGCGGGCCCUUUCCUCCCCAUUCGCAUCUCAGUGUCCUUGGGCGUCGGUGACAGCUAGGAUGGCUCACCAAUCCUCAGCACGCGCCUUUCGAGAACUGCCUGUAUCCGACAUCGUGGAAGAGGAAGGUGUUCCUGGUUACCGCGCCGACGACUUCUAUCCCGUCUCCUUAGGGGAAGUAUUGGCCGAUCGUUAUCGAAUCGUCGCCAAGCUUGGUUUUGGCGUCGGUUCUACAGUAUGGCUCUGCCGCGAUUUGCUUGCCGCAGACACCAGGGCCUUGAAGACCAUCAAGGUCUGCACUGCUCAACGCACAUCCAAGAUGAUAGCCCAGGCAGAUGCAGAAAUUGCUGUUGCUACGUACUUGCAAUCUGUCGAGGGGGAACACCCUGGCCGAAACUAUAUACGACUCCUCGACACGCAUUUCGCGGUCCAGAGCCCCCAUGGCACGACUCAUCAAUGUUUGGUUUACCAGCCACUUGGCAUGACACUGACCGAGCUACGAGAUCUCUUUUCAGACCGAGCUCUGGAAAAGUCUCUUUUCAAAAACACACUUCAGAUCGUCCUUUGUGGGCUGGAUUUCCUGCACCAGGCUGGAGUUGUUCACACAGAUAUUUCUCCCAAUAACCUACUUCUUGGUGUCAAAGAUGCUUCCACCCUUUUGGAAUUAGAACAAGCAGAGCAAAAUACUCCGAUUCCCCGGAAGGUAUUGCCCGAUAGAUCGAUCUAUAUCUCGCGGCCGAUGCCCAUUACUCACGGCAUGCCGGUGAUUUGCGACUUUGGCACAGCUCGAAUGGGGGAAAAGCAUAGUGGAGAUAUAAUGCCCGAACUCUAUCGAGCCCCUGAAGUGAUACUGGGCAUGGAGUGGGACUGCAAGGUCGAUCUUUGGGCCGUUGGUGUCAUGCUAUGGGACCUAUUUGAGAAGAGCACGCUGUUUGGUGCUCGCGUAAACGGAGUCCUGAGCGACGAAGUCCACCUGGCCGAGAUGGUAUCUCUUCUGGGACCGCCACCACCAGACUUUAUCUCUCGGAGCGAGGCGUGCAAGAAGUAUUUCGAUUCCGAGGGAAACUGGGUUGCUGCCACCCCCGUUCCCGGACAGUCACUUUUUGAGAGAGAGGUGCAAUUGCAAGGAGAGGAGAAGGAUGCCUUUGUGCGCUUUGCUAGGAGGAUGCUAUGUUGGAGGCCGGAAGAACGACCGACUGCGGUCGAGUUGAUGGAAGAUGACUUUUUCAAGUUCAGAUGUAAGUAA